CCCCCCCCCCCCCCCCGUCGCUCCGGGGGUUCCCGGUCGGUGGGGCGGCGAUCAGGCAGCGCAUUGAACCCCUAUGUGUCGGUGCCUGGCGGGGUCCUGCCUCCGGAGCCCGUGCGGGGAUGUCUGGGAGACCCCGCGCCGACUGCUGCUCAAACAUCACGUUGACAUGGAUGAUGAAGAUGGCCGGUGCCUGCUAGAUGUAAUUUGCGAUCCUCAGGCCUUGAACGAUUUUUUACAUGGAUCCGAAAAGAUUGACAGUGAUGAUCUCCUGGACAACACAGGAGAUGCAGCCAGUGCCUUUUUUGAAGGUGCUGGGCUGCACGUACAAGAGUCCUCCGGCAACCAUCUGAGCACCGAGCAGAGCCAGCCCACGACCAGCGUGGACCUUGACUUUUUAGAAGAUGACAUCCUGGGGUCACCGUCCAGCAGUGGGGCGAACCUGCAGAACUCAGACCAGCCCUGUGACAUCCUCCAGCAGAGCCUGCAAGAGGCCAACAUCACCGAGCAGACGCUGGAGGCGGAAGCCGAGCUGGACCUGGGCUCCUUCCAGCUUCCCACCCUUCAGCCGGUGGUACAGACAGCCUCCGAUGGCACCCCGCAGAUUUUCUCCAGUGGAGCCGACCUGAUCGGGCUGCAGCAACCCGCUGUCCUGACGCACCAAGCCCUGGUGCAGCAGUCGGUAGGAGCAGAUGUUGUCAAUAAGGCCAUCAGCGUUCAGCCUUUCCUCCAGCAGGUCGGCUUGGGGAACGUCACCAUCCAGCCCAUCUCCAAUCUCCAGGGCUUGCCCAACGGCAGCCCCAGCGGGACGCUGGGCAUCGGGCCGAUUCAGGUGGUCGGGCAGCAAGUGAUGGCCAUCAACCAGCCGGCGCAGCAGAUCAUUGCCAAGCAGGUUCAGCCUUCCCAAGUGGCCACCAUGCCCGUCGGCAGUUACAUCACCCAGACGGCGCCCGAGCAGCAGCAGGUCACCCUCGCCUCGACGGGGGUCUCUCCGCAGAGCGCUGGUCUCGUCAUCCAGAAGAACCUGCCGACAGUGGCCACCACGACGCUGAACGGGAACUCCAUGUUCGGGAGCAUGUCCGGGACUCAAGGCUCCCAGCCGCUCACCGUCACCUCGAACUUGAGCAGCCCCUUGGUGCAGGCCCAAAACGUCAUCAUUCACAGGACGCCCACCCCGAUUCAGCCCAAACCCGCCGGGGUCCUCCAGCAGAAACUGUACCAGAUCACCCCCAAGCCCUUCGGUUCCAACACCACCACCCUGACCAUCCAGAACGAAGCUGCCCUGCAGCAGCAGAAGGCCCAGCAGAACCUGACCUUCAUGGCCAGCAAACCCGGGCAGAACGUGGUGCUGUCGGGCUUCCCCCAAGGGCUUCCAGCCAACGUCUUCAAGCAGCCGCCACCACAGCAGCAAGCCCUCAGCAAGCCCAUGAGCGUCCACUUGCUGAACCAGGGCAGCAGCAUCGUCAUCCCUGCCCAGCACGUCCCGCAGGCCAUGCUGCAGGGCCAGAACCAGUUCCUCCUCCCUGGGCAGCUGGCGGGCACCUCCGCCAUGCAGAUACCCCAGCAGCUCUCUGCCUUGCAGGCCAACAUGGGAGGGCAGAUCCUGACCACCUCCCACCCAGGCGGGCAAGCCCAUAUCAUAACUAGCCAAGGGCCAGGUGGACAGCUGAUAACCAACCAAGCCUUGCCGGCCCAGAUCCUCACCAACCAGAACAUCGCUAGCCAGCUGAACCUGGGCCAGGUGCUCACCUCGCAGAACACCCAUGGCACCGCUCACAUACUCUCAGCUCCCAUCCAGCUCCAGCCCGGCCAGGUGGGUCAGCCGGCUCUCUUCCAGAUGCCUGUUUCACUGGCGGGCAGCUUGACCACACAGAGCCAACCCUCGGUGGCCGCCUCACUGGGCCAGACGGGGCAGACAGUGAUCCAGGGGGUGACGUUGCCCAACCAGGUGGCCAUGCUCAACACCACCGAGAACCUCGGCCAGGCGGUGAGCAUCCAAGCCUCUGCCACCACCAGUAGCCAAAGCCCUGGCCUCGUCCAGCCACAGCCUGCCUCGGGGGCCAGCCUGCUGCCUAGCGCCGACCAGUCCUCCAUCCUCACUGUCCAAACCACCUCCCAGCCGCCCGCUCCGCUCCAGCUCAACGUGCCGCCGCCGCCUCCGCCACCUGCCCAGCAGCCUGUGACUUCCCAGCCCAGCCCCAGCUUGGCCUCCAGCCCAGAGAAGAUCAUCCUGGGGCAGGCAGCUGCCGGAGCCAUCAUCAACCAGGACUCCGUGCAGAUGUUCCUACAACAGUUACCUGCAGGGCAGCAGAAGCUCCCUGGAGCCUCCCCGUCCCCUUCGCUACCUCAUCCUCCCCUGGGGGAGAGCCCACAGCUCCCGGCCACCCACCUCUCCCAAAUGCAGUCCCCCCACCCCUCCCGCCCUCCCUCCCAGCCCCAGCCCCUCUCCCGACCCCCCUCCCAACCCCACUCACGCCCUCCCUCCCAGCCACAGACCCUCUCCCGGCCCCCCUCCGAGCCACUCUCCCGCUCCUGCACCCCCCAGGCACCCAUGCCCAGCCUCUACGUCAUCCAGAACCAGCUGGCCUUGUCCCCGUCGGGGGGGGGGCAGCAUCCCCUGCGCCCACCCUCCCAGCCCCAGCCGCCUUUCCAGCCGCCACCGGCGCAGGCAGAAGCUGCCCCGCCGCCAGCGCAGCUCCAGGUCCAGCUCCCAGCCCCAGCGGAGGUCCAGCAUGCCCACUCCCCCCACUUCCAGCUGCAGUUUCCAUCCCAGGGCCAGAUCAAACCUCCCACUCCCACCCACGCUCUCCACCUAACUGCGGAGCAGCAGAGGAACUUUCCGAUGGUCCCGAGCCAAUUCCAAACCCUCCCGGCCAUCCCCAACCCCGCUCCUCAGCAGAAGCAAAUACUGGACAGGUUCCAGCAGGUGCCCCAGGGGAUCAUCCUGCAAACGAAGCAGCAGCCUCCCACCAGCCAGGCUUCCCCCGCACUUAGCCAGUUCAGCAGCCCAUCCUCCUCCGUCCUGGUGAGCGGCCAGGGGCAGGCGGUAACGACGAUGCCGGCCCCCACGCACAGCCACGCACCCACCGCCCUCCCGCCUUCCACCGCAGGUAUUACUGCCCCAGUUCCUGCAGAGAGUAAAACCUUCUCCAGCGUUUCCACGCCGAUUUCUGCUGGGAAAGGGGCUGCAGCCCAGGGGAAGUCAGGAACGCCUCUUGCCAUACAGCAGCCAGUUCAGACUAAGCCUGGCGUGAUCAGUUCUGUCUCAGGCCUGAACCUCGGGAAAGGUCCCUUGCAGAUCCAGGUUGUUGGGAAAGGAUUACCGCAGCUCGUGCCCUCGGUCCCCGUGCAAGGCCAACAGCUGCAAUAUGACAGCAAGCUUGGUCUGAAGAAAGCCCCAACACUACAGCCCAGCAAGGAAGCUUGUUUUCUGGAGCAGCUGCACAAACACCAGGGCGCGGUGCUGCAUCCUGACUACAAGACGUCCUUCCGCUCCUUCAACGAUGCCUUGCAGCGGCUCCUGCCCUACCACGUCUACCAGGGGAUGCUGCCCUCUGCUCAAGACUACAGGAAGGUGGACGAGGAGUUUGAAGUGGUGUCUACCCAGCUGCUAAAGCGCACACAAGCGAUGUUGAACAAGUACCGCCUGCUGCUCUUAGAGGAGUCUCGGAGAGUGAGUCCGUCUGCGGAGAUGGUGAUGAUCGACCGCAUGUUUAUACAGGAAGAAAAGACCAUGUUAGCGCUUGACAAGCAAUUGGCAAAGGAGAAACCAGACGAGUACGUCUCCUCGUCCUCCCGCUCACAGAGCCUCUCUUCCUCGGCAGCCCUGGCCUCGUCUCCAGCUCGAACGCCAGCCCCUGAGAGCCUGAAGGUGCCCCCCGUGCAGAUGACCCCCCCCAUCCACCCCACCAAGCUGGUGAUCAAGCACAGCGGGGGCUCCCCGUCGGUCACCUGGGCCAAGGCAUCCCCCUCUCUGGACGGGGACGAGGACGCCUUGCCCUCGAGGAGCAAACCCCCCAUCAAAACCUACGAGGCGCGCAGUCGGAUCGGCCUCAAGUUGAAAAUCAAGCAGGAGGCCGGCCUCAGCAAAGUGGUCCACAACACCGCCUUGGACCCCGUGCACCAGCCGCCCCCCGUGUGCCACGUCAUCAAAGGACCCGACCCGCACGCCUCCGGCACCGUCGUCACCCCAGCCACCGGGCAGAUGAACGGGACCGUUGACCAUGUAACCUCGGCUCCCGCCGAGAAGAAACCCAUCGUGACCUACUGCCGGCUCCCUCUUCGCAAGACCUACCGCGAGAACGUGGACGCUUUCGUGGCCGAGAAACCCGCCGACGCCUGCCCCAAGGGGAGCGCCCCGAAAGCCGACAAACUCCCCGGCGCCCUCGUCAUCAAGCAGGAGGACGGAUCCAGGAGCGUGAUCACCUCCCACAAGAGCCAGGACAGCCCUUCGGCGACCGCCGCGGAGAAGAGCCGGCCGGAGGAGAGCUCCAAGCUCCUCUUCUUCAACAGGAGCGACGCUCGCUCCCUGGUCCUGCAGGACAGCCCGGCCCCGCAGAAGACCGACGACUCCACCAGUGGCCUUAUGAAGGAGCUUGCGGAAGUCGAGGACGAAUUUUACCGCGGGAUGAUAAAACCCGAGCCCCCCGACCAGGGUUCGGGUUCAGAACUCACCUGGGAGGUGCCGCUGCCCCCGGCCAAGCGUAGAAAGUCGGAGUCCUUCGAGGUGGACAACGCCAGCUUCUCCAGCGACAGCCCCCAGGACGAUUCCCUCAACGAGCACCUCCAGAGCGCCAUCGACAGCAUCCUCAACCUGCAGCAACCUCAGACUGGGGGCCAGAACGUCCGGACGCCUUCCUCUUCUUACAACUCCUCCUCCUCCCCCUUCUCCUCACCCGUCCACCGUACGGACGCCUACCUUGCCCCUAAUCACAACGGUGGCCUUGGAGCAAGGACGUUGAACAGAUAACAGAGAACCCAAACGAAGCGGCAGCGGGACACUGAACAAGGACUGGAGAGGAAGAAGAAGGAGGAGAAGAAGCAGCAGCAGCUCUUGCUGGUUGGAUGCGGUUGAGCGCCCCCCCUCCGGUGGUGCCGCCUCCCAGAGACCCGACGGGCCGGGCCUGGGACGGGAGGGACGGGGAAACGGAGGGCGUCCCUGGGAUGUUUUGCCCUCGUGUUUAUAAAAAUGGGGGGGGUUUCGGAUGUUUUAAAGUGCGGGCGGAGGUCGGAUUUACGAUCCGCAUGACCUCGGCGGCAAGUGCGGUGCGACCGAGCGCCCGGGGGUGGACUGGUGGGGCUCGUAGGUAUUGUCGGCUGUGUAAUUUAGAUUCUGUAACAAAUUGCUAAUAUGAAUAUCUGA